UUAUCUCUUUUGUAUAAGAGUAUAAAAAGCGGAAGCAUCUCGUCAGAAGAUACAGUUUAUUCGACACCAGCACGAAACAAGUACCGAGGAACCAUGUCUAAAUACAUCGUCGCCCUUAUGGUCUUGUCUGCUGUGGUUUUCACUGCCACUCAGGCGAAAGAAUCUUGCCAGCAUAAAGAAACCUGGUCACUUUGUGGAACAAUGUGCGAACCAUCGUGCAAGGACCCCAAUCCUAACCCCAUGUUUUGCCCAGGAAUUGCGUGCACUAUGUUAACUUCCAGUUGUAGGUGUGAAAAAGGAUUGGUCAGGAACCACAAGACUUCUAAGUGUGUCGAACUUAAGGACUGCUAACUCAAGUAUAUUGUGAAAUAUUUUAUGUUCUGGCACAAAUAGUUCUAUUACUUCAUGUAGCAAUGCACCAAUAUCAAUCGCAAUAAAUAUCUAACACGUUUCAAGAUUUAAA